AUGUACAUACACACAUAUACACACACAGAAAUGUACACACACGCACAGAGACACAUGUACACACACAGAUACAUGUACAUACACACAGACACAUGUACAGAUGUACACGUACACACACACACACACACCACCCCCCCCAUAAAAAGUACUUCGUUGUUCACUCACAGAUCUGGGUACUGCACUCUAGGGGGAGGCAGAGAGCACAGCACACGCUCCUUGCUUUGCUUUCACUGCGCUGAGCUAUUGAGCAGUCUGACGGCUCCCAGUGCCAAUGACAGAUCCGGCCUGAGCUUCAAGCUUGCUCAGCAAGACGGCCCUGGGGAACACACUCGCCCCCACCAUAAUUUCCACUCCAUUGGUGAGCAGGCGAGUGGAAAUUUC